AGAUUGUGAUAUAAACUCUGAUGUUUCAAGACUCCAAGUCCAUUUCCUGUUAACUACUGCUUCAACGAAUCAUGGCGAACGUGACCUCAAAUGCCACAGACUGCUGUAUAGAUACAGGCGUUUUCAAGCCAGCUUACGAUGCCUGUCUUAUAGUCCUAGCUUUUCUCAUUAUCGCUAUAAAUGUCCUGGUCGUUUACCUGUUUGUGACUAAAGAUUAUCUACGAACUAAGACGAAUUGUUUCCUGGUCAGUCUUGCGUUGUCUGACCUCCUAACUGGACUUUUGUCUAUUCCUCUAUUUCUCAUCUGUUCUCUUACUAAUCGUACUCAGGUAGGAAUGACUUUAAAUGAUUUUCAAACAUUUAGCAUGUGAACAUUCAGCAGUCAGUGUAUGUAGACGUAGUAUUCUUUAAUGAAAUAGAUGACUCUUACUGGACCUCUAGAAAGAACAGUUUAGAACUGAUAGAGCUAUCCAGUAUAAACAAAGUUAGUUUAGUUUAGGUUUCCUCCUGUAGUAACACUGGAUCAAUAAGAGAUGAUCUUUACUGGACCUCUAGGAAGAACAGUUUAGAACUGAUAGAGCUAUCCAGUAUAAAUAAAGACAUAAAGUUAUUUUAGUUUAGGUUUCCUCCUGUAGUAACACUGGGUCAAUAAGAGAUGAUCCUUACUGGACCUCUAGGAAGAACAGUUUAGAACUGAUAGAGCUAUCCAGUAUAAAUAAAGUUAGUUUAGUUUAGGUUUCCUCCUGUAAUGAUACUGGAUCAAUAAGAGAUGAUCCUUACUGGACCUCUAGGGAGAACAGUUUAGAACUGAUAUAGAGCUAUCCACUAUAAAUAAAGUUAGUUUAGUUUAGGUUUCCUGCUGUAGUAACACUGGAUCAAUAAGAGAUGAUCUUUACUGGACCUCUAGGGAGAACAGUUUAGAACUGAUAGAGCUAUCCAGUAUAAAUAAAGACAUAAAGUUAUUUUAGUUUAGGUUUCCUCCUGUAGUAACACUGGGUCAAUAAGAGAUGAUCCUUACUGGACCUCUAGGAAGAACAGUUUAUAACUGAUAGAGCUAUCCAGUAUAAAUAAAGUUAGUUUAGUUUAGGUUUCCUCCUGUAAUGAUACUGGAUCAAUAAGAGAUGAUCCUUACUGGACCUCUAGGGAGAACAGUUUAGAACUGAUAUAGAGCUAUCCAGUAUAAAUAAAGUUAGUUUAGUUUAGGUUUCCUGCUGUAGUAACACUGGAUCAAUAAGAGAUGAUCUUUACUGGACCUCUAGGGAGAACAGUUAAGAACUGAUAGAGGUAACUAGUAUGAAUAAAGUUAGUGAAGUCGAUACAAAGGGUCGAUAUGACGUUGGUUGUUUCGUGUUUCAUGAGAAAACAACUUUGAUUGAUGAGAUUUUUAUCGAUCUUCAAGUGGGAUUAUUAUGAGUUGACGUCAUUGAUAUCUAAUCUUUAUCUUUUUCUUUCUAGGUAUGCAUAGCAUCCGCUGUAUUGUAUCGUUGUAUCGCGGUCUCAACCAUGGCUCACAUAAUGGUGGUGACGUCAGAGAGAUAUGUCGCGGUUAUGUUUCCAAUGAGGUGAGCAAGUAUUGUAUAACUUCAUUAAGGUUGGCAUUUGAACAGUUUAACGUCACUCUUUACUGAUUUCUACCUCCCCCUUUUCAGCCCUUACGCCCGUAUUCUAAAAGCUCACUCACACUCAAUGAGUGGAGGUUCAAUCUGAGCUUUUCUUGAGUGCCUAUGCUGUUUUUUAAUAGCUGGAUGGUGAGUAGUCACAUAGUAAGGUACGACACUAACCCUCCAGCUAUUCAAAAACAGCAUUGACACUCAAGAAAAGCUCAGAUUGAACCUCCACUCAUCAAGUGCGAGUGAGCUUUUAGAAUACUAGGCGUUACUCAUUGAAUUUCCUGAUACAUGGCCUUGAGCGUCCUUGAAUUUAACUCCUGAUCUGUGCGCACCCUGAAUAACUUUUUUUCGCUCUUUAGGUACUAUCGCAUGGUGACGAAAGGUCGUAUAUGUUUCUGUAUCGCCCUGGUGUGGAUAUUGUCCACGCUCUACGCGACCAUUCAGCUGUCCUGGUUCAAUCUUGGCCAUCACAAUAUCUCCAACAUCGGCGACGCGAUCAAAUAUACAAAAACUUACGACAUCACUGGCCUCGUCGUCUUUUUCAUUGUACCACUAUGCGUGAUGACGUUUUGCUUUUGUCGUAUGUUUCUCGUCAUUCGCAGACAGGUUCGAAACAUUCGGAGACAAGCGGAAUUGUCUGCCGAUCCUCGGAAUCGCUCGAUCGCUUCCGACAAACGCGCGCUGAUAAUAUUCGCAUUGAUGUUGGGAAUUUUCACCGUGUGCUGGUUGUCAUGGUAUAUCACGUUAUUCCAAGUAGAGCUGGGCCCAGGUGCAAUCCUACCAGAAACAUUUGCAGAUAUUCUAGACUUCUUGAGAUUUGGAACGAGUCUAUUUAAUCCAAUGUUAUACACGUUUCUUAAAAAUGACUUUCGCCGCGCUGUGUCGUCGCUCCUGUCCAGAUGCUGUAUCAAGUAUCCGAUAUUUAAACCAAAACAAAACCCGAACGUUUCAAGAAUAACUUUAACCACAGACGCUAACGGCAAUAAGAGCACGACGCUACUUAACGGGCUCUCCUCCCCAGGCUAUGAACGCCACGACGAAUUUGUGUAUAAGAAUUCGCAAGAUCAUCUUGUUAAAGAAACGGAGAAUGUCCAACUUAUUACAUAUGUGUAAAGAAACAGCUUCGUGAGCAUUGAAAAAUGUGUUCAAAUGAGUAACAUCUAGAUUUCAGUUCUCAGCUUGUACAAUUCUAGCUAUUUGUCAGCAAGACACAGUCCUGUCAGCUGUCAGUUAUUUUAUAAGAUUUGAGAUAUCUUUUUCAGGUAGUUCAGACACAAACCACGACAGCUUAUAGUCAAGAAUACUACCUACACUGGACAGUGCAUUUUUUAAGGAUUCUUCAGUGGUGGGGCAAAACUGCCAAAGGACCCAUUUUCUCCUUGCCCUCCCUCCAGGAUAGUAUGCAAUCGCCAAAGGUGUGAGCAGAGUACCGCAGGCACGAAUUUAAAAUUUGAGUCUCUGAUAUAACAUUUCCUGCAUUCUGAGGAACAUUUUUAAAAAAGUCUCAGCUUCUCAAAACAAAGUUUUAAUGGUGAAAUUUGUAAUAAAUUGUAUGCUAAACAUUCAAACACAACAUAUGUUUAAGUAUAAUCACCAACAAAUUUUGUUUUUCAAACUUCUUUUCAAUGUUAAACUCAUUUACUCAGUACAGAUCUUAGGGCCCUGGCUUGGGGCAAUAGGCCAUUUUUUUCUUCAGUGGUGGGGCAGAGGAAGGGGCCAAGUGGGGAUAAAGGCCCCACCAGUCCAUGGUAUUAAAAAAUGCCUUGACACUGGACCACCAAGUUUGAAAUACCUUUUUCAGGAAGUUCAGACACAAACCACGACAGUUUGCUGUUACGAAGUGUGUCUAGGUUUUCGUUUUGUGUGUGUGUGUGUGUGUGUGUGUGUGAAUAGUGUGAUAACCUAGUAAUGUCAGGAUAUGAAAG